AUGAGUUCAGUGUCUUUGGGUGAUUUGACUGACUUUAUUGACAGUUUAUUGCAUUUACCUUCUGCCGCUGGAAUUGACGAAUAUUUGAACAAUUUUCUAAACAGCUUUACCAAUGAUACAAUUUUCGUUAUAAAAUACACUACUGAAUAUGGCGUAACGAAUGACUUAAAUACCAUAAUUUCUUUAGAUGAAGUUAAUUCUAUUAUAAUUAUUGUUAAGUUGGCUGGGAAAUUGACUUCGACCAGUAAUUUGAAUGUUAUAAACAUACCGACAAUUCAUGUUGGUGACUCGUCAUCGAACGAGUUACUAGAAAAUAUAAGAUCUAUUAUAAACUUUGGGAUUUCACCAUAUUUCAAUUUAGUAUCAAGUAAGGAUAACACUAACUUAAUCAACAAUGCCAAGAACAAAUUCAGUGAGUUAUCUUUAUCUUUACAGCAUUUACAACAAAAGAUCCAAAUACCAGAUUUACUUAUAUCAUGCCAUCCAAAAAUUUCACAAUUACUUAGUGGUGAAGGAAGUGAAGAUGAUUUAAUAAAUGAUACUGCAUUUUUGAAUGAAUUGACUAAUAUAGUCAAUAGCUGGAUUAAGCAAAUUCAAUCCAUUACGAGUUUAAACCACACUCCCAUUGAUGGAGAUUCUAUUCUGGAUGAAAUACAGUUUUGGAAGUCAAUGGAGCUAGCAUUAUUAUCAUUAGAUAGACAGAUCUCUUCACCAGAAAUAAAAACAUCAAUCGAACUAUUGAACAAGAGCAAGAGAUACCACAUAACUUUAACCUUCCAGAACAACAUUGGAUUAAACGACAAGUUAUUACAAACCAAGUUAUACAAUUCCUUGCUAAAGGAUUUACCUAUCGAUGACUUGCUUUUAUCUACUAAUGAAAAAUUCAAUUUACAAUACUUUGAGGAAAUUAUUAAUAAUAUUUUCAACCACUUCAAAAGGUUAAAAAACUUAAGUUCAUUUCCGUUAACUAGGGCUAUUCAGUUAAUAGAGGUUAUACUUAAUGAUAUUAGUAAUAAAUUAUCGUUGAUAUUAAUUGACUAUAAUUUAAUGACAAUCCCAUUACAGGACUUUCUCAAUAUUUACAACGAUUUAAUUUUAAGAAUUUUCGGUAUAAUUGAUAAUAGUAUUAAGUUCAUAAUUAACUUAUUUAGAGAAUUAUUAAGAAAAAGACAGGAAAAGUUUUUUAUCAUUAAAAUCAAUCAACACCAAUUUGAUAAUUUGAAAAAUCGUACUAAAAUUUGGUAUGAUUUUCGUUUAAAACAUAACGAUUUAUUAAUAAUGUUGAAUACCUUUCUCAAGGAUUCUACAAACCUUUCCCACAAAUUAACAAAUGCAUACAACAAUUAUAUCAUCCCGUGUAAUCUUUUGGAUUUAUCAUUGCAGAGUUUUAAGGUUUGGUCAAAUAAUGAGAAUUUAUAUUUAUCAGUUUACCAAGGUUUAGAAUCAUUAAUUAUAUCGCAGCUUAAUGAUUAUUUUAGCAAAUGCGGUAAUUUUAACGAUUUUAUAUCGGUGUUUAGUAAAUUCAAAAUAUCGACUGCAAUUUCAAAUCAUUUAUUACAUCUAAUCAACGAUGAAUUCAAAUUGAAAAUAUUAUCAACAGCAAAUCUGGAAAUUGAGAGCUUGAUCAAUUUAAAUCUCAAUCAAAAUAGCAGGUUGAUAGAUACAAUAAAUGCAGUUAUUAUUAAUGGUACUCAUAACCAUGAUACUUCAAUUGUUGCUCAAAUUACCUGGAAUAUAAGUUUGUCCAAUAAACUAAAUUCAUAUUUAUUCAUAUUGCAUAGUUUACUUGGCUCCAAUUGGAAUAAAUACUCGAUUGGGAGUGAAAUCUAUUCAAAGAUAAAUAAAUUAAUUGAGCAUUUAGAUACUAAUGACUUAUUUCAGAAUUGGUUAGAUGAAGUAACAAAAACAGAAAUUAACUAUUUACCAGGUUCAAUUUUAAAGAUGACGUCCCCAAAGCUCGAUAUAAUUGUGAAUUUUGAUUUCAAGCUAAUCGAAUUAUCCGAGCAGCUGAAACAACUAACUAAUUUAGGCUUCAAAGUCCCGAUUAAUUUAUUAAUUCAGUUCCAGAAAAUAGAUAAAGUGUAUUCUUUCCUUCGUGGGUUGAUUGAACAUAUAAAUAUCUUGAAGAGGAUUUUAAAGUUUGAUUUAGUAGAAACGGACUUCGGAAUGAAAUUUGGAUUCUUGAUCGAAAACCAAAAAUCAAAGAUUUUAAAUAUGUUACCUCAAAUUAUUGAAAUUAGUUGGAUUCAUCUAUCCCAAGCGUUUGACUUACAAAACAUAUCCAACGAUAAUACUUUAAAUGGUUCUGAAAACUUAAUCGAAAUCGUAUCCUUAAAUAAUUUAACUGCAUUCCAGAACGAUAUUUAUAUAUUUUACAACCAGGUUAAUACUCUUGAAAGACUAUAUGAUUUUAUCUAUCAUGAUAUUUAUUCUGAAUUGGAACAAUGCGAGUUUAAUUUCAAGGCAAUCCAUAACUUUAUUAAAUCAAUCCAAUCUGAAGUUGUCAAACUCUCUUUUGAUAAUUUUACCGAAAUAGAUCAAUUAUGCAAUUUGAUAAAUGACGAUUUAUCAAAUAUAUUAGUCAAAAAAUGUCAGAGGCAACUAAUGUUAUUGAGUACCGAGAUAGACGGAACUGAGAAGAGAGAAAAAACUCUGUUGUUUGAAAAGUUUGAUCAUUCUAUAUUAUUGGAAGACCAAUCCUUUCUAGUAUCACCACCUCUAGAGCAGACAAAACAACUUUUAUACGUGAAAGUGAACCAAACCCUAUCAGUGAUAGAAACACAACCUAUAGUACAACUACAGAAUAACGGUAAUAAUAAAUUUGCCUCUUUGAGCUCUUCAAAUGAAACACUCAAGAUUGCAGUUUCUGAUUUUAUUGUUGUUAUUGAUAAUUUAUACAAGGAUUCUGAAAAGUAUUUUCAGAAAUGGAUUAGUUUACAAAAUAUUUGGGAGUUGAAUUUGAAUUCAAAAGAUGACUUAGCAAAGUUAUUACCUAAUACCAAAGACCUAAACUGUUGGUUAGCUGCAACAGACAAAGUUAUUGGAUUAAGAUUGAUUUUUGAUAAUUCAGAUAAAUACGAAAAAGUUGGCAAUAGCAUAUACAUUGACUUUACAAAGGUUCAAUCAAGAGUCAAUUUGAAGUUUGACAUUUUUCAGAAUGAUCUUAUGAAAAAAUUUAGCGAUUUCUACCAGGAUAGGCUAAUCGAGCAAAAUGCUGAAUUCAUUAAUGCUAAGAUAGUACUAGAAGGUAGACUCAAUUUCCAAGAUAAUUUCGAGAAAACAAUCAAUCACAUUGACCAGUUUUUAAAGUUCAAGAAUAAUUUAACUUCCUGGCAAGAUCAUUUGUCCAUUUUACAUAAAGGUCAAAAAUUACUUGUCAAGCAAAGAUUUAAAUUUCCUAAGACCUGGACUUAUGUCGAGCAGCUUGAAAAUAAUUUUUCAAUUGUCUCUAAUUUGAUAGAUAAAAAACAACGGAAAAUCACAGAUAAUUUCGAGAUAAUUGAAUCAAAAUUGAUAUCUGAGUCUAUCAGACUAAAUGAUCAAAUAAAUAUAAUAAUUAAAGAUUGGUCUAAAAAGAAACCAAUUGGUGGAAACCUAAAUCCAUCUCUUGCAAUCAAUACGUUGAAUGGCUUUGAAGAAUCUUGUAUUUUGUUAACAUCAAAAAGUAAUUCAAUUCGAACAGUUGCUGUUGUUUUAAACAUCUCACUUAAAAGAAUUGAGGAAUUGACCGGUAUCUUGGGAGAAGCAAAAGAUCUCAAGUUAGUUUGGUCUGCAAUCAAUACAUUAUGGGAGAAUCUUAACAGAAUUAAUUCUACGAAAUGGACUGAUAUUCAACCACGAAACCUACACCUCCAAUUAGACGAGCUAUUAAGCAAUUCAAGAAUAUUACCUUCAAAAAUACGUCAAUAUUCGGCUUUUGAUGAAAUUCAAAAUAAGAUUAAAGCAUACUUACGAAGUUUUUCGUUUAUCAAUAAUUUAAAAGCUGAUUCUAUGAAGCCUCGUCAUUGGGGCACGAUAUUGAAUAAACUAGGGUUUUCUGAUUUAUCUUUCGAUACUUUGACGGUUGGAGAUAUCUGGAAUUUAAACUUCGCUGUGAAUGAACAAAUCAUUAAAUCAGUAUUGAAUCAGGCUAAUAACGAGCAAAUUAUUGAAGAAAAUUUAAAACAAAUCAGAUCCGAUUGGUCCAUUCUAUCUUUUGAAAUGUUCAAUUAUAAUAAUAAAAGCAGAUUAGUCAGGAAUUGGGAUGCCCUUUUCGAUCAAUGCAAUAGUGAUAUCAAUUCAUUGGCUAGUAUGAGAAACUCACCAUAUUAUAAUAAUUUUGAACAGGAAAUAAUUGAAUUAGAAGAUAACUUGAAUAAAUUAUCUGUUCUAUUGGAUACCUGGAUUGAUGUUCAACGUCAAUGGGUAUAUUUAGAUGGUGUUUUUAGUAACGAAAACAAUGAUAUUAGGAACAUUCUACCUGUUGAAUUCACAAGAUUCGCCAAUAUAACAUUUCAGUUUUUGAACCUAUUGAAAAGAAUCUAUAAAUAUUCUUUAGUAAUUGAAGUAUUGUCUAUCCCAGAUAUUCAAUCGAUCAUGGAAAAGGCGUUAGAGGGUUUGAAUAGAAACAGGAAAUCCUUAACGGAGUACCUUGAAAAGCAAAGAGAACUAUUUCCAAGAUUUUACUUCAUUGGAAAUGAAGACUUAUUAGAGAUAAUUGGCUGCUCAACUGAUAUGGUGAGAAUUAAUAAGCAUUUACAGAAAAUGUUUGUUGGAAUCUCUUAUGUUGAUUACGAUAAAGAGUCUUGCCUAAUAACUGCGAUUAAUAGUGAACAAAAUGAAAAAGUUAAAUUGUCUAAUCCAGUUUCACUUAUUAAAUUUCCUCGUAUCAACGAGUGGUUGAAAGAGCUUGAAUUAGAAGUGAGACUCACUUUAUCUAAAUUGACGAAGGAUUGUAUAACUGAAUUUAAAAUUUCUUAUGAGGGUUUUAAUGUCCUGGAUAAAGAAAAAUUAUUUGAUUUGAUUGAGUCAAAACCUGCCCAAGUAUGUUUAAUAGUAUGCCAAAUCCUUUUCGCUGAGAACGUCGAGUCAGCCAUUGCAGCCAAGACUUUACUGAAGUGUUACGAUAAUUGUUGCAGAAUAAUUCAAACAUUAACACCGUAUAUAUCUUCUAACCUUGCAGUUGUUCAGAGGUUGAAAAUAGAGCAUUUGAUCAUUGAAUUUAUACAUCAGAGAGAUAUCAUCACUUCACUAAUGAACUCGAAGUCUCAUUCCAAGUCUUUAUUUAUUUGGAAUACUCAACAGUUAUUUUAUUAUGACCUCAGAUCGGAUGAUCUAUUAACCAAUUUGAAAGUAAAACAGUCAAAUACUGAAUUUAUGUAUGGUUUUGAAUACUUAGGAAUUCCUGAAAAAUUAGCAUAUACACCUUUAGUCGAUAAAUGCUUCUUAUCUAUGACUCAGGCAUUAGAUCAAAAACUUGGGGGCUCUCCAUUUGGUCCAGCAGGGACUGGUAAAACUGAAACAGUUAAGGCACUUGGGAAUAAUUUGGGAAAGAUGGUUUUAGUGUUCUGCUGCGACGAAUCGUUCGACUUUCAGUCUAUGGGUAGAAUUUUCUUAGGUCUUUGUAAGGUAGGAUGUUGGGGUUGUUUUGAUGAAUUUAAUAGGCUAGAUGAGCAUAACUUAAGUGCUGUAUCCUCACAAAUUGAAAAUAUCGAGUUAGGGUUAAGCAAUUCAAAUGAUUUAAUUGAAAUUUCAGGUAAGAAGAUUAACAUUAAUCCCGAGACUGGUAUUUUUGUUACAAUGAACCCUGGAUAUGUUGGUAGAUCUGAGUUGCCCGAAAAUUUGAAAAAAUUAUUCAGAAGCUUUUCAAUGGAAAAGCCAGAUCUAGAAAUUAUUGUCGAAGUAUUGCUUACAUCACAAAGUUUUAUUCAUUCUAAGAAAUUAGCAUCUAUUAUUGUUCCAUUUUUUUUAGAAAUUUCACAAUUGUCGUCUAAUCAAUCUCAUUAUGAUUUUGGUCUAAGGGCUUUGAAGAAUACUUUGGUUAAAUGUGGUCUAAUAAAACGAUCACUAGAUGAUAAUCUGAACAAUAACGGUGAAAGCUUUGAGAGAAAGCUAAUUAUAAGAAGCAUUAAAGAAACAAUCACUCCUAAACUACUUAAACAAGAUGAAUUAAUCUUGAAUAAAUUACAGGAGAAAUACUUCCCAAAUAUUACUUAUGAUACAUAUGACAACAGUAAAUUCAUAACUCAGCUUCAAAAAUAUGGAAGUGAGAAUGGUUUGGUAGUGUCUGAAAACUUUAUAACGAAAGCAUUGCAAUUAUAUCAGAUUCAAAAUAGCCAUCAUGGAAUUAUGCUAGUUGGAGACCCAGGCUCAGGCAAGACUACAAUAUGGAAACUGGUUUUAAAAUCUAUGUCAGAAGUCGAAAGUUUCGAUAGUCUAUCGUUCAUUAUUGAUUGUAAAGUUAUGUCCAAAGAUAGUAUCUAUGGUUCAUUAGAUUUGGUUACCCGUGAUUGGACUGAUGGUUUAUUUACAAGUAUUUUAAGAAAAAUUAAAAAUAAUUUGAGAGGUGAAUUAUCUAAAAACAUUUGGAUCAUUUUUGAUGGUGAUAUUGAUCCAGAAUGGGUUGAAAAUCUUAAUAGUGUCCUAGACGAUAAUAGGAUUUUAACAUUACCAAAUGGUGAACGUCUUUCGUUACCUCAAAACUUGAGGCUAGUAUUUGAAGUCGACAAUUUAAAAUACACGACACCAGCGACCAUCAGUCGGUGUGGUAUGGUCUGGUUUGACUCAUCGUUAGUUUCAACUGAAAUGUUAUUUAAAAAAUUGUUAUUUGAAUUAUCUUCAACUCCAAUCCAAAUUAUGGAUGACUUAAUAGGCGACAAUGAGGAUAUUAAUCCUAUGUAUACGCAAUUGGUUAACCAAAUUGUUCAUGUUAUAGAUUACAAGGAUUUGCAGGCGGUCAUCGAUGAAUCAGAAAAACUAAGCCAUAUUAUGAGUUUUACAAUAUAUAGAGCAUUGGAAACUUUCUUCACAAUCCUUAAAUCAUUUUGUCGCCGUUUUAUCAUUUAUUCGUUGAAAAACAAGGAUGUUCCCAUAGACAACUUGAAUAAAUACAUUAUGAAGGCAGUGGCGUUAUCAUUUAUAUGGGCUUUUGCUGGAGACUCGCCUCUCUUAGAGAGAGAAGAAUUCGGCAAAAUAAUAGUGCAUUUGAGUUCAUUUGCAGAGCUACAUGGAAUCGAAGAGAAACAAACGAUUGAUAACUAUCUCGAUUAUGACAUAAAUCUUCCAGAAUGUGAAUGGCAGAAUUGGAAUGCCAAGGUUCAGAAUAUAGAUCUCGAACCACAGCAUGUUACUAAUCCAAGUACUGUCAUUCCAACAUUAGACACUGUUAGACACGAGAGUUUGAUAUACUCUAUUUUGAACGAGCACAAAUCUUUGUUACUAUGCGGUCCACCAGGCUCUGGUAAGACGAUGACAUUAUUGGAAGCUUUGAGAAAAUCUCCAAAUUUAGAUGUCUUAUCUCUUAACUUCUCAAAGGAUCUGACGCCUCAAUCUCUCAUGAAGUCAUUAGAACAUUAUUGUUAUUAUAAAAAGACUAGCACUGGUGCCAUCCUCACUCCCAAGAUCAGCGGUAAAUGGGUCGUGGUUUUCUGUGAUGAGAUCAAUUUACCAGGGUUUGAUAAAUAUGGUACACAAAGGGUUAUCUCCUUAAUACGUCAAAUGGUUGAACAUAAAGGCUUUUGGAAUACAAAGGAAAACCAAUGGGUUAGAUUGUCGAACAUUCAAUUUGUUGGUGCUUGUAAUUCACCCAAUGAUCCAGGACGUAAUAAACUUUCCAAUCGUUUCUUACGCCAUGUAUCAUUAAUAAUGGUUGAUUACCCGGGAAAGAGUUCUUUAUAUCAAAUUUACCAAAUGUUUAAUCUAGCUGUCAUGAAAUGUGCACCUAGCCUUAGAGGAUAUACUAAAACCCUUACAGAUUCUAUGAUUGAUAUAUAUUUACAGACGAAGCAAAAAUUGACUUCUGCUUUACAAGAUCAUUAUAUAUACUCUCCUCGUGAAUUAACGCGAUGGUGCAAGGGUAUACUAGAGGCGUUGAAAGUAUCGGAAUAUUCGAACUUACAAGAUUUAGUCCGAUUAUGGUAUCAUGAAGGAUUGAGGCUUUUUUAUGAUAGACUUGUAUGCGACUCAGAUAGGGAUUGGACAAAAGAACUCUUUAGAAGUGUUGUUUCAAAGCAGUUCCCUAACGUGGAUAUUCAGACCACGUUAAAGGAACCUGUCCUUUUUUCAAGUUGGUUAACAGGGGUGUAUGAGUCUAACAAUGAGAAUGAACUUAGGUCAUUUCUUACAGAAAGACUUCGAGUUUUCAGCGAGGAAGAAAUUGAAGUUGAUCUAGUAUUAUAUGAAGAUCUAUUAGAUCAUUCGCUUAGAAUAGAUAGGGUGCUAAGACAACCUCAAGGACAUAUGAUCUUAGUAGGGCCUUGUACUAGUGGUAAAACAACGCUUACUAAGUUUGUUGCCUGGAUAAACGGUCUAAAGGUCAUACAGUUAAAUGUUAGCAAAGACUAUAGCUUGCUUGAUUUUGAUGCAACUUUGAGACAAAUCCUCAUAAGAUGCGCAGCAGGUGAAAGAAUAUGUUUUAUUAUUGAUGAAUCAAGUAUUUUAGAAACGUCUUUUGUUGAACGUAUGAAUACCCUACUUGCGAAUGCAGAAAUACCGGGCUUAUUUGAAGGGGAUGACUUCAACAAUUUGAUGAAUUUAUGCUCUGAUCAGGUUCAUACACAAAAUUUACUUUUGGAUUCGAAUGAAGAACUUUAUGACUGGUUUAGGAGGCAGAUUUCCGAAAAUUUACAUGUCAUAUUCACCCUCAGUGAAAUGAAGAAUGCGAACAGACCUCAAGUUGUCUCCUCGCCAGCUUUGUUCAAUAGAUGCGUCUUAAGUUGGAUGGGCGAUUGGUCAAAUAUAUCUUUAUAUGACAUUGUAUCUACUUUAAUCGGCCCAGUUCCUCUUGAUAUGUCAACUUACGUUGUACCUGAUCUUUUUAAACAAUCCGGGUCUUCAAAAAUCAUGGGAUUUAGGGAUAUGAUUAUUGAUACUCUUAUUUAUUUCCAUCGUCUUGAAGUGGACUGCGAAGCAACGCUAUCUUUGACAAAACCUCCUGGCAAAAUUAUGUCUUUUGUUAAAGAAUUCAUUAGGAUUUUUAACGACAAACAAUUCAGCUUAGAAGAAACUCAGCGUCACAUUACAAAUGGCUUGGAUAAAUUACGAGAAACGGUAUUACAGGUGAAUGAUUUGAAACGGAAACUCUCGGAAAAGAGAAACUACUUGAUGAUUAAAGACAAAGAAGCAAAAGCCAUGCUAAGUAAAAUGCUUACUGAACAGAACGAAGCAGAGCGUAAACAAGAAUUCUCCGUGGCAACUCAAGAAGAACUUGCUAAACAAGAAAUUGAAAUUGAAAGACGUAAAGUCAAUGUAACAAAAGAUCUAGAACUUGCAGAACCUGCUGUUCUAGAGGCUCAAAGAGGCGUUCAGAAUAUAAAGAAACAGCAUCUUACUGAAAUUAGAAGUAUGUCUAAUCCUCCCGCGGCUGUUAAAAUGACAAUGGAGUCUGUUUGUAUAUUGAUUGGAUAUGAAGUUUCAAGUUGGAGGGAUGUUCAAUUAAUUGUUCGCCGCGACGAUUUCAUCUCAAAUAUAGUAGCAUACGAUAAUGAGCUGCAAUUAACCUCAAAUAUAAGAAAAUAUAUGGAAAAAACAUAUCUUUCUAGAAGUGAUUACAAUUUUGAUGCUGUUAAUAGGGCAAGUAAAGCUUGUGGCCCAUUGCUACAGUGGAUUCAAGCACAGUUAACAUAUUCUACUAUAUUGGAGAAGAUAGGACCACUUAGAGAGGAGGUUCAUCAUUUGGAACACCAAAAGAAAAAAACGAAAGCUCAAUUAAUAGCAAUUGAUGAAAUGAUCCGUGAAUUGGAAGAAAGCAUUGAUCAAUAUAAAGAAAAUUAUAGCUCUUUAAUCAGAGAAGCUGAAAACAUAAAAUCUGAAAUGAAGGUUGUAGAAUUAAGAGUCAAUCGAAGCUUGAAGUUGAUAGAUGAUUUGACCGCAGAAAGAGAAAGAUGGAAGUCAAGUAUUAAUAAGUUCGGUUAUCAAAGGGACCGUUUGGUUGGAAAUGGUAUUUUGACAGCGGCGUUUAUAGUAUAUGCUGGUGCUUAUGACCAGAAAGACCGAAGUACUCUCAUGAAAGAAUGGAGAGAUAGAUUAAGGCUUUCCGGAAUUAAUUUUGACGAAGGUAUCUCGGUUACGGGUUAUUUGACUGGAGGAGAUGAAAUGUUAAGGUGGGAACAAUGUGGUCUACCUAAUGAUGAUUUAAACACAGAAAAUUUCACGAUAAUGAAGAGAUCGAAAACACCUAUAAUUAUUGAUCCACCCUCAAAGAUACCAGCAAUAUUAUCGAAAUCUUAUAUGCCAAAAAAGUUAAGUGUUACUAGUUUCCUAAAUGAUGGAUUUGUAAAGCAAGUUGAAAAUGAGUUAAGAUUUGGAGGUACUUUGUUGAUUCAAGAUGCGGAAUAUUAUGAUCCAAUUCUUGAUUCUGUUUUGAGGCAUGAGAUUUAUAGAAAUGGUGGCCGUAUGAUGAUAAAACUUGGGAAUCAAGAAAUAGACUUUUCGCCUGAAUUCAAGUUGAUAUUACACACAAGGGACUCUCUGAUUAUGUUGCCACCAUUCGUUGCUGCGAGAACAUCUAUAGUGAAUUUCACAGUUACAACAGGUAGUCUUGAGAACUUGAUUCUCAACACCACAUUACAAGAUAAAAGACCAGACAUAGAAGCUAAGAGACUCGAACUGGUUUUCUUGCAAAGUCGGUACUUAGUCCGCUUGCACGAACUUGAGGAACAGCUCUUGAAUUCGUUGAAUGAUUCUACAGGAAAUAUCCUUGAUAAUGAUAAAGUUAUUGAGACAUUGGAAGUAUUAAAAGCUGAAGCUAUUGAUAUAGACGUCAAAAUAGGCGAGUCAAACAGUGUUAUGAAAUCCGUGGAAAACGAACGAAACAAAUACUAUGAUAUUGCAAAGCAUUCGUCUGCAAUUUUUAGAAUUUUCAAGCAAAUGAACAGACUUAACAAACUAUACCAUUUUUCACUUGAAGCUUAUGUUUCAACGUUUUCUUUUGUAUUAAAGGGAAACCCCCAUGAAAUUGAUAUUUCUUCUUUUAUUAAAGAAUUAUACAGAGAAUGUUAUGCUAGAAUUUCACCUUCAUUGAAGCAUUUAGACAAGCUUGUAUUUGCUGUUGCUAUGAGUGCAAGCUAUUAUGCAUUAGAGAUAGGACAUGAGUUCAAAAACACAUUUAUUGAAAUAUUGAAAUCUGUUGGGGUUGGUGAAUAUAUAGAGUCCUUAAGCAUUAUUUUCGAUUCUUUGUUGGUGUCUCAUGAGAAGAAUGAUUGUUUCACAGAAACUACUAUAGAUAAAAUUGUUUCUAUAAACGGUGAAAAUGAAUCGUUGAUGAUAUUAUCUGAUAUUAUAAAAUCAUUGAUAAUGUCUAAUGGCGAUAAAAAAGAUUCCUUCUUGGAUGCACUCAACAAUUUGGCCUCAUUUUUAUUUACAGGGAUUGGUCCUAUUAGUUCUAAAUAUGAUUUGAAAGAUUGGAUAUCACCAAUUAGACACGAUGGUCCGAUAAUUUUGGCAUCGCCUGAAAACUAUGAUGCAACCUAUAAAGUUGAGCAAUUGGCUCAUCGUAUGAAUAAGAAAUUACUAAUUGUAUCAAUGGGAUCAAAGGAAGGUAUUGAAAUAGCCAAUAAAGAGAUCGAUAUUGCUGCUAAGAAUGGAUUCUGGAUUAUGAUUCAGAACGUGCAAAUGUCCCCCAAUUGGUUAAGUUACCUUGAUAAGAGACUAGAAUCUUUAUCAACACACGAGAAUUUCAAGAUUUUUAUGAGUUGUAACUUAUCAUCGGAUAUUCCAGCUGCUAUGAUUAAUAAAUCAAAAAUACUUAUACUCGAAAAUGAGCCGGGCUUGAAGAGCAUUGUUAAUGAAACAUAUAAUUCGAUUCCAAGUGAAAUCCUAACUGAAAACACCAAUGAAUAUAAGCAUAUAUGCUUCUUAUUAUCUUGGUUCCAUUCAAUAAUUCAAGAAAGAUCAAGAUAUGCUCCUAUGUCGUUUACUAAAAAGUACGAUAUAAACGAUUCGGAUUUUACUUCUGGCCUUUACGUUAUAAAAAAGUUGCUAACGCCAUUUAAAGAUGGAAGGUCUAAUAUUUCACCGGAACUAGUACCUUGGGAAGAAUUAGGUUACUUAGUAGGUGAGAUUACGUAUGGUGGCCAAGUUGAUAAUAAAUCCGAUUUAGCAUAUAUCACAAACUUAGCAAACCAUAUAUUCAGCAUACAAGCAUUUGAGACCAAUUUCAACUUAGUUGAGAAUAGCUUGACUAUAAAAUCAGGAACCCAAUUGCAUAUUCCUGAAGGUAUAUCUACCGAAGCAUACAAAUCGUGGAUUAAAUCAUUACCUGAUCAAGCACCAUUGAAAUGGGUUGGAUUAGAAGAAAGGGUUAGCAUAUUAUACCGUGAGAGAGAAGGGCAACAAGUAGCACAGUAUGCCCAGCUGAUAAUAGCUCAAAUUUAG